UAAUCUAACUUCACCGGGAUGCGAUACCGCAAGGAAAAGAUUCCAGUGGUAUAAAAGGGGAUGUGUUCUGUGCAGACUGCAUUAGUUUCAAUUGCGAACAACCCAUCGUUACGAUACAGUAAUAUUACAACAAGCAACAUGAAAUUCUUCAUAAUUCUUGCUAUCAUUGCCCUGGUGUCUCCUUUAUAUGCUCAAUCCGAAGAAAAAGUAAUUGAGAAAAGAGGUAUAUAUAGUGGCAUUGGUUUGGGUUAUGCAGGCCAUGGAGGAGGUUUAGCGUAUAGCGCACCAAUAAUCACCAAAUCUAUUCAUAUCCCUACUGUUCGACUUGGGUAUGGUGGAUAUGGUGCAUACGGUGGAUAUGGACACUCUGGAGGAUAUGGAUGGUGAAAAAUUUGAAUUGUUCUAAAUUUUAUCCAUUGGUAUUGGUAUCUUUGUAAUAUAUUAUUAUAAUAUUGCAUUAUUGUAAUUGUAAAACUAUUGUAAUUUUAAAACUUUUGUAAUAUUGAAAAGAGUUUUUAAUAUGCAAAAUAAAUUUAAUAUUUUUUAAUAA